AUGCGUUACGUCAAGGAAGGGUGGCCACAUAUUACUGACUCGGAGGAGAUACGACACUACAUGAAGCUGGCGAACUCCCUGACUACGGAGAAUGGUUGUCUUCUCCUUGGAUCAAGGAUCGUCAUCCCACACUGCUUGAGGGAACCGGUGCUGCACCUCAUACACCUGGGUCAUUUUGAGCCGUACCAUCAUGCUACAAACGGUGUUGCUGAACGGCUGAGGCAGUCGUUCAAGCAGUCUUUGAGGAAAUCAACACUGUCGCCAAAUGCUGCACUACAGGAAUUCCUGCUACAGUACCGACGUACACCUUUGGAUUCCGGAUACUCUCCUAGUGAACUGCUCAACGGUCGGCAGAUUAGGAGAGACAAGCAACGUCGAUGGGUUCCAGCCGUGGUUACUAAGGUUUUUGGGUCAAGGAGUGUUAAUGUUCGUGUUCUUCAUGGAGGUCCUACAUGGCGCCAUCACAUCGACCAGCUACGCCCCCGCUAUGGAGUGGAACACGACGAUGAUCCAGGAGAGGCAUUAAUGUCCACUUCACCGAUCCCAGACCCAAAACCACAGGAUGGAGAUGGUACAGCAUCCCGUCCAGCUAGACGUUUGGAGAAGAGGCGGAAUCCUCGACUACCGACACCCACCGAUGACCACUAUGGACCGGACAAUCCAAGACGUUCGAAACGUCUCAAACAGAAGACGACGGAGGAUGAGGGAUAUCUGCCAGAGUCACUAUCCUCGUCUGAAGUGUCUGCUGUGUUGAUCACAAACGAGUCUAGAACAUGA